UGACCGCCGGCGACCGGCUAAGAUGGCGUCGUCUUGCGUCGAGCUCUUGGUGCUGACGCUGCUCUUGGCGCCGGUGCUGCUGUUGCUGCUGCGGCUGCUCGGCGCGCGGAUACGCGCGAGGCAGGCGAGCGCGGCCCGGCACGUGGUGGUCGUGGUGCUGGGCGACGUGGGCCGAAGUCCUCGCAUGCAGUACCACGCACUGUCGUUGGCCAAGAGCGGCUUCUCGGUGACGCUGCUGGGGUUCUGCCACUCUAAACCUCGAGAUGAACUCUUGCAGAGUGAUAGGAUUCAGAUAGUGGAGUUGACAGAGUUGCAGAGUCUGGGAGCUGGGCCCCGAGUUCUCCAAUAUGGAGUCAAAGUUGUGUUUCAGGCAGUGUACUUACUGUGGAAGCUGAUGUGCACAGACCCUGCAGCCUACAUCUUCCUCCAGAACCCCCCUGGCCUGCCUGCCAUUGCUGUCUGCUGGUUUGUGGGCUGCCUUUGUAGGAGCAAACUGGUCAUCGACUGGCACAACUAUGGCUACUCCAUCAUGGGCCUGGUGCACGGCCCCCAGCACCCCAUUGUGCUGCUCGCUGAGUGGUAUGAGAGGUUCUUUGGGCGCCUGUCCCACCUGAACCUGUGUGUGACCGAUGCGAUGCGGGAAGAUCUGGCAGAGAACUGGCGUGUCAGGGCUGUGACUCUCUAUGACAAGCCAGCAUCUUUCUUUAAGGAGACACCUGUGGACUUGCAGCACAAGCUCUUCAUGAAGCUGGGCCACAUGUACCCUCCUUUCCGGAGCUGUCAAGAGCCCUCAGAUGGGACCACAGAGAGGUCAGCCUUCACUGAGAGGGACUCUCGGAGCGGGGCAGUGACGCAUCUGCAUGGGCGGCCAGCGCUGCUGGUGAGCAGCACGAGCUGGACAGAGGAUGAGGACUUCUCUAUCCUGCUGUGUGCAUUAGAAAAGUUUGAACAGCUGGCACUAAGUGGAGACAGCCUUCCCUCUCUAGUCUGUGUGAUAACAGGCAAAGGGCCCCUGAAGGAGCACUACAGUCAUCUCAUCAGCCAAAAGCACUUCCGGCACGUCCAGGUCUGCACCCCGUGGCUAGAGGCUGAGGACUACCCUCUGCUUCUAGGGUCAGCGGACCUGGGUGUCUGUCUGCACAUGUCCUCUAGUGGCCUGGACCUGCCCAUGAAGGUAGUGGACAUGUUUGGGUGCUGCUUGCCUGUGUGUGCUGUGAAUUUUAAGUGUCUGCAUGAGCUCGUGAGACAUGGAGAGAAUGGCCUGGUCUUCAAGGAUGCUGAGGAGCUGGCGGUUCAGCUGCAGAUGCUUUUCUCAAACUUUCCUGAUCCUGCUGGCAAGUUAAAUGAGUUCCGGAAGAACCUCCGGGAGUCGGAGCAGCUGCGAUGGGAUGAGAGCUGGCAAUGCACUGUGCUCCCUUUGGUAACCACCAAGUGAUCUGAGGGCCAGAGAUGAGAGCCCACCCCUCAGGGAGUUUUGGGGGUCCUGGCCCCAUUCAUCUCUGUGCACCCUUCCAGCCAGCACCUGCUGCUCUGACACCGUCCCUGUUUGGGCUUUUGUGCUCUCCCUGGUGGUCAGAGCCCCGAAGGACAGCAGCAGGGAUGCCUGGGGGAUGACUUGGAAGCUGCUCCUCUGGGUCCCUGAGACUCUGAGAUGCUUUUCUUCUGUUUCAGUCUCUCACAUUCUUCCAGUUCUGGUUUGGUCGGGCUGCGCUGUGAGCUCUGGGGUAUCACACAUUAACUGGGCUCCGCUGAGUGAGGCCUGAGCCGUCAUACUUGAUACAUGUUUCUAUUUGCACAAAAGAAAUGCUUGCCUUUGAGCCCUGUCCACUCCUGAUGAGCUGCUGAGGAUGGGCACACUCUCAUUCUGUGCUUAUUACAAGUCUGUGAUUUAUUAUUUGGAAUGUAACAUUCCUUGGACAUUUGUGCCCAGUAAAAGCUAUAUCGGCUC